AUGCAGCAAGCAAGCUGGAGAAGAUGGCUAUGUGGACUAUGUCUGCUCACGCUCUGGCAGCAUUCCGAGUCAGCUGCCAGCAUAGAUCGCAUACAGAAGCACAAUUUGGAGCUGCUGUCGCAGCAGCUGAAUCGCGGCUGGCGCGCUUUUUGUGAUGCGCCCGUCGACGAGGGCGUCAUGGCGCUCUACGAGGGCAUCAAUCCCAGCGAUGCGCGCUUGCACGUGAUGACCAUCACCAAUCAGAGCGUUCAGCUGCCCAUCAAAUCGAUGCCAGAGCUGCGUGACUUCGAUCUCAAUCCGCAGCGCAAGACCUUGAUCUACGUGAAUGCGUUCCACACGGCCGACAGUUAUUUCAGCGUCCAGGAGCACUUGAUGCUGCUGCAGACAAUGCGUCGUGAUCUCAACAUAAUCAUCGUGGACUUUGCCACAAAUGUGGCACAGCUGUACUACACGGUGCGGCAUCAUCUGUCCGUGCACGGCUACUCCAUAUACAAGCUGUUGAGCUCCUUGACAGAGGCGGGCAUUGCGGCGGAGGACAUCACCUUGGCAGGACAUUCGGUGGGCGCAAAUAUUGCUGCGUUGGGCGCUGAUUUGUAUGCCAAGAGCAGCAAGCGACAGGUGGGUCAACUGAUUGCCAUCGACCCAGCCACCAUGUGCCGCACCACCGACAUCCUCGUCCGGCACAAUGUGGCCGCACGCGUCGUGGUGCUGCACGGCGAGGGCGAUGUGUUUGGUGUGCGUGUGCCACUCGGCCAUGUGGACAUCUAUCCCAAUGGCAUUGGCUACUUUCCGCGCAAGAAACUGCAGCCGGGCUGCGACAGCAAGAUAUGCAGUCACAUGUACCCAUUCGUGCUGUUCAUGGAGGCGCUCAUCGAGGGCGUGAUGAUACCUGCCACCAAAUGCGAGAACUGGGCCAAGUUCCGGCAGGGCGACUGCAGUUUCGAGAACACGCUCAACAUUGGCCUCAUCUACCCGGCCAAUGCGAAGGGCCUCUACUUCUGCAUGACUCAGCCCAACCCGCCGUUCACCUACAUGGAGCACGGCUUGAGGUAUCAGGCAAAGCAGCCCGCGAAGUCGAAUUAA